AAUAAAUUUUAUUGGCAUACUCGUGUAUGCUGUUUAGUGUAUGUACUACAAUUAAAAAACAAUCGAUACUCGAAAUAUAGUUUUAAGAUUAUUUUAAUAUUACAAAAAAAAUAAAAUUGCAAUAAAAAAAACAAACAAACAAGAAAAUGCCAGCUUCAAAUACGAUUGUGUUGAAAAGUCUUUCCAUAUUAUUGGGAUUAUUUUUUGUUUUUGUUGGUACACUUAAAUUAACGCCACAUAUAAGCAAGGACCUAUACAAAGACCUACGCACUGAAUAUGUAAAAUAUGCCAAAGUGUUCCCUUUGACUGCCUUGUUUGGCAUUAAAAUUCCCUCGAAAUGGUAUAGACGCACCGUUGGUGUUCUGGAAAUUGUAUGCGGUCUGGCAAUGGCUCUUAUUCCAUAUCAUAAAGUAAAAAAUACUGCUAACGUAACGCUUUUAAUUCUAAUGCUCCUUGGCAUUUAUCAACACUGGAUGGUAAGCGAUCCCUUUGAACGUUCUGGACCAGCGUUGGUAUUCACAUUUAUGUUGGGAGGUCGCUUAGUCGUUUGGUAUCAGACUAGCCGCAAGGAAACUGAACAAUCAGCCGUCACACAGGCACAAACAAAUGGUGUGAAACAGGACUAAAUUAUUACUAUUUUUUCACAUUACGCACACAUAGUUUACAUUUUCUCAAAACACUUGCUCUUCGGUGUAAAAAAAAACGGUUCAGCUCUGGUUGAUCAUCGAUCGCAGUAAACGAAUUCCGAAAAAGACAAAGUUUCAUAAACAUUUAAGAUCAAGAGCAAAAUACAUAAUUGGGAUUUAAUAUGCAAAUCAGUUAUAAGCUGCACUCGCAGUUAUAUUUAUUAAAUUCCAUUGAAUGCAAUAAUAAACUUUUUGUUCUAAAAAAUUUUAAA